AUGGCUGGAGACUGGCAAGGAAAGCCAGAGCCUGCAUCAGUGGUGGUGACGGCCAAACCCCAGGCUGAAAGUGCGGUUCUGGCAACCCUGAGUUUCAGUCAGGCUAGACUUGGUGGAACUGGGGGCCCCCCACGGGAAGACAGGAGGGCCCACGGCACCCCCUCAGGAGGUACCUACCCCAAGGAGCCCCCUCGAGGGGCCCACACUCUUUUGAGUGACAGGAGGGAACUAAUAUUUACUGGGCCGGCGGCAGACACUGCAUUCAUUGGCUCAUUUAAUUUUCCAAACACGCCUGGGACGAAGGUAUUUCUUCCCAGUCCGCUGAUCAGAAAGCUAGGCACAGUCCCACGUCCGGGGGCCCAUAGCUGGUGCCAUUUGCCAGGGUGGCCUCUAACCCACGCCACCGCCCGCCGAGCUCUUCCCCCUGCGGCCCCCAGCGCGUCCCGCUCCCCGCCCUGGCGGAUCCACUUCCCCGCCCGGGAAGGGGCAGGAGCCAGGGAGCCCGCCGCGCCGGCCGCCGCCAUCCUCCGCCUUCGGGGCCGCCCCGGGGCGACCGCCGCGGUCACGCGAAGGGCCGAGGCCAGGCCUCCCUCCGCGCGAGGAGGGCAGAGUCCGCCGCUGCGGCCCGGCGCUCGCCGUCCUCUCCCCGCGAUGCCCGGGGCCGGCCGAGCCGCUGGGGAGCGCCGCCCGCGCCCGCAGCCCCCAGGGGAGCCGCUGGCCCAGGAGGACCUCUUGCUGGCAGCUGCCUAUGUGUCGGAUGCCCAGUACAACAGGAAUGUUCCAUUUGAAACAUCAUCUCAGGCCAUCAGACUUUACUAUUUUUAUAACCACUGGACAAUGCAAGUGGCCACAUACUUCUUUAUUUGUGUAGACCUUUCUCUUGCCCUGUUUGAAGAACCUGCAUUGUUUCCUCUACCUUUCUUGAAUGAGAUUCGCAAGCUGGUGUACCUCAAGCGUCGCAAAAUGAUAGAGGCGUUCAACAUUCUGAAAGUCAAGGUGGGCCCGGAGUUCGUGGUCGGGGAGGCCCGGUGGAGACGGCUGGUGCGCACCGUGGCACCAGACAUGAGCCUCGGCCACCUGGAGCUCCUUUUAAGGAUCUCCGACGAGGGACAGACCGGCCAUGUGGAUAAAAUGAACUUUCUACGCUUGGCUGACCUCCUCAACAUCCAGGUGGUCACCAUCAACAUCAAGAGACACCCCUUGGAAGCCUGGGUGCCACGGCUAUACCAGUCGUCUGCAAGCCUCUUGGUCCAGAAGGUGGUUCGGCACAGGAUUUUUGUCUGGGUUUUUGAUGUCAUCAUUCUAAUAAACGCCAUAUUCAUUGCUCUGGAUGAGAAAAACCCCUUCAUUUCCUACGCAGAGUGGCUUUUCCUUUCUCUCUAUGUCAUCGAGAUUCUCCUGAAGCUGUACACAUACGAGCCCAGAGCCUAUUUCAGAAGGAAGCAGUUCUGGAACUGGUUUGACACGCUGAUCAUCAUCGCAGCCCUGGUGGCCACUGUGGCCAAUGCCACCAUUCAGUCAGCAAGAAAAUAUAACAGCCAGCAGAUACUGGAUAUCGUCUUGAUACUGAGAAUACUCCGGCUGCUGAGGGUCAUCAUCAGUGUGCAGAGAUUCCGGGUUAUAGUGACCACUUUAAUCAACAUUGGCCCCACGAUGCUGACGUUUGGUGGACUCGUCUUUGUGGUCUACUACGCCUUUGCUAUCGUCGGCAUGGAAGUGUUCCAUGGCAAAGUCCAGUUCUUUGACCCGAAUUUCACCACUCCUGAUGCCCUGGUUUGUGGGAACCCCGCCUUAAAGGGUUCAGCGUUUUCCCGGGCCAGGUACUGCAAGAACAACUUCAAUGACCUCGCCUCUUCAUUCGUGGUGCUGAUGGAGCUCACGGUGGUUAACCAGUGGCACGUCCUCGCAGAUGGCUUUGCCCUGGUGACUCACCAGGCAGCAAAGCUGUACUUCAUCCUGUUCCACAUCGUGGUCGUCAUCCUCAUUGUUAACAUUUUCAUAGCAUUUAUCUUGGAGGCAUUCUUUGUGGCAUAUUCGUUAGAAAAAAGUGAAGUAGAAACUGCUAUUGAGAAGAAGAUUCAAGAGCUCGGAGUGGGAAUCCAAGAGGAGGAAGUGCAAGAGGGGAAGCCCACUGAUGACGUGGACGCCAAGGACCGUGGAGACAACAAAAGGAAGGCCUUGGAAGGACUGUAUUGCAGAAUUGCAUCAAAAAAGUACAGGACCGUGGACACCUUGCUGCAGCGGAUGUUUGAGUCUGAAAUUGCUCCAGAGGAGGAAGGCCCUUCCUUGGAUGAGAUUCUGAACUUCUCGCCCAGUGACAUAUAUCCCAAGAAUCCCAAUUUCGAGAAUAGUGCAUGAUCCUGGCGUUGCAAGGGUCCACAACUGGGAACCAAGAUAAGCUAUCGUGUCCUUUUACAUGUGCUAUCCAGAGAUAAUUUUUCUAGCCUGGGUUCCCUUCCGUGUUCUGUGAGCCUGUGGAUUGGCCUCUCCUGUGCCGAGCGGCCAGCCGAACGGUGAGGACAGGCUGUCUGGCUGCACCUCGCCUGGGUCGUUCUUAGAUCUGAUCACGAAGGUAAGGCAAGGAACUCUGGUGAAGACAUUAUAGAGAGCGUGUAUAGUACACAUGUGUGUACAUGUGUGUCUUUUCAGUGGGUAUGUAAAAGCUUUUUGUUUAUUUUUAUAUGGUACUUUCCUAUCCUAGUAAAGCAAUACUGUGCUACAAUGUUACAGCACAUGAAUGAAUGAUGAAUAUUUAAAUAUGAUAAAGGAAUAUGUUUUAGUAGCUUUUAAACAGUGCUUAUUCAAAAUGAAGAAAAUAUGAAUAUGAAAAUAUAAUUGUUGCAAUUACUUCUUUGGGAAUG